GCUGUUUAGGAAAACGCCGUUUCUUUACAGCUCAGUAAGGGGCUAGCUUGGCCCGGUUCGGCUGGAUUUGGUCCGGGUCGGACACAUUUAACGUCUUGUUGUUGCAGCGUCGUAACCGCAGAGUAAACGCGUCUGUUUUUGUAGAGGGCUUGCAUGCAAGAACCGUGUGGAUAGAGGCAGCUCUGCAGCCUGGAGCAGCAGGGGCAAACACAGAAACCUCUCCACUGUAGUUUGACCGAUUUUCUUCGCGUAAACAAGGGGUGCAGGGUGCAGGGUGCAGGGGUGCAGGGUGCAGGGGUGCAGGGUGCAGACGCGAGGUUAGCACGAUACAAAGAAAAUAAAGCGGAUACGAGGUUUAUUUAUUAUUAUUAUUAUUGUGUGACGUGUCGAGAAUCAAGCUAGUGUAAACGGAGAAAGGCGUUUUUUUUUUUUUUGUCUCUAACACAAAAUAUAUUAAUUUCGUUAAAAAAAAAAACCCCAACAAAUUAGAGUCGAUCUGUGUCAUGUUGAGUACCAUAUCUAGGCUGAAUUGAAUUCUGCGCUGAAUUCCUGAUCGCUGUGGCUAUUCAGCGCUGAAUUGAAUUCUGCGCUGAAUUCAUGAUCGCUGCGUCUAUUCGGCGCUGAAUUGAAUUCUGCGCAGAAUUCAUGAUCGCUGCGACUAUUCGGAUAACUUACUCGUCGAUUAUUCGCAGUUUUAAUAUUAUGAUUUGUAAUCAUUUGAAUUCGUAUCCGUUUAGCAGCGCACCCUUACAGUGCAAUAUAGAGAAAAACAUGUUUACCAAAAGCUAACAACCUGGAUAAAUUAUAAGAUCGAUAUAUAUAUAUUUUUUGUAAAAUUUUACAAAACCUCAUCAUAUAAACAGAGAGAUUUUUUUUCUUCUCCUCAAAUUGCACUUUACAAUUGACUUGCACGCAAAGGUCUUAAUCGCUAAAGUUGAAUCGUCGAUUACUGUAAAGACUGAAUUAUGAUUGUUUGUGUCAUUUGAAUAUAAAUAUUUAUUGAGCUUCUACACGUGCCUUUUAUCGUUUUAUUUUCUAUCGUUGUUAGAAUAUAUUUAAUGGUGUAGACAAAGGUAUAUGAAAUAUACGUACAGUUAUAUAAAAAAAAUAAUACGUUUUAUAGCCAUAUUAUAAGUACAAAUACAUAUAGAUAUAUAACACUCCUCUGUAUUGUUGGUUACAAUCACAAAUUUAAAAAAAAAGACCCCAAAUCGCCAAAAUGACAGACGGACCUCGGCAGCGGGGGAAUGCAGCGGCGGCGGCCGGCGACGGCGCCUCUGAACCCGGCAAGGAGAGCUCCGGAGGGGCCGGCGUGGCUCUGAAAAAGGAAAUCGGGCUCCUCAGCGCUUGUGGGAUAAUUGUCGGUAAUAUCAUUGGCUCUGGGAUCUUUGUGUCUCCGAAGGGGGUGAUGGAGAACGCUGGCUCAGUGGGGAUGGCACUGGUGGUGUGGAUCGUCACGGGGCUCAUCACAGCCGUGGGGGCUCUGUGCUACGCAGAGCUGGGGGUCACCAUCCCCAAAUCAGGGGGCGACUACUCCUAUGUGAAGGACAUCUUUGGGGGACUGGCUGGUUUUCUGCGGCUGUGGAUCGCGGUGCUGGUUAUUUACCCCACGAACCAGGCUGUCAUCGCCCUGACCUUCUCCAACUACGUGCUCCAGCCCCUGUUCCCCACCUGCUUCGCACCCGAGUUCGGGCUGCGGCUGCUGGCCGCGGUCUGCCUCUUGCUUUUGACCUGGGUGAACUGUGCCAGUGUGCGCUGGGCCACGCGAGUGCAGGACGUGUUCACCGCGGGGAAACUGCUCGCCCUCGGACUCAUCAUCAUCAUGGGCUUCGUGCAGAUCUGCAGAGGUCAGUACUUCUGGCUCGAGCCAAAGAAUGCGUUUGAGAAUUUCCAGGAGCCGGACAUCGGUCUGAUUGCCCUGGCGUUUCUGCAAGGCUCUUUUGCUUAUGGCGGCUGGAACUUCCUGAACUACGUGACAGAAGAGCUGGUGAACCCUUACCAGAACCUCCCUCGUGCGAUCUUCAUCUCCAUCCCUCUGGUCACCUUUGUUUACGUUUUUGCCAACAUUGCGUACGUGACUGCGAUGUCACCCCAGGAGCUCCUCGCCUCCAACGCAGUGGCCGUGACAUUUGGCGAGAAGCUUUUAGGAGUCAUGUCGUGGAUUAUGCCCAUCUCUGUGGCUCUGUCCACCUUUGGAGGAGUCAACGGUUCUCUCUUCACCUCCUCCAGGUUGUUCUUUGCUGGGGCGAGAGAGGGACACCUCCCCAGCCUGCUAGCCAUGAUUCACAUCAAACGCUGCACCCCCAUCCCAGCUCUGCUGUUUACUUGUGUCUCCACGCUGCUCAUGCUGGUCACCAGUGACAUGUACACCCUCAUCAACUACGUUGGCUUCAUCAACUACCUCUUCUACGGAGUCACUGUUGCCGGGCAGAUUGUGCUGAGAUACAAGCAGCCUGACUUGCACCGGCCAAUCAAGGUCAAUCUGAUAUUUCCAGUGAUAUAUCUGCUGUUCUGGGCAUUCUUACUGGUUUUCAGUCUAUGGUCGGAGCCCAUAGUGUGUGGAAUUGGACUGGCCAUCAUGCUGACUGGUGUCCCAGUUUACUUCCUGGGAGUGUACUGGAAAAAUAAGCCUGAGUGCUUUAACAACUUUGUAGACUCCAUGACCUACUUCGGACAGAAGUUCUGCGUGGUGGUGUACCCUGCGGAGAACGAAAAGAGCGAGCCGGAGGAGAAGAGCGAGCAGAGCACCCCCAUCUACAUGCCACCGGGAGAGGGGGAGAAAGGGGAGGGGGAGAAGGAGGGCACAUGCUAAGCAGACACACACACACACACACUGAUUGACACGGACAGGGCCAUCCCCACAUGCAGAGACGGACAGUCGCUCCGUGUCGGAGACGGUCGCUCACUCUCCUGCAUGUGAUUUAUUUUCUCACUUGCCACUUGUUUUGUGUUUUAAUGGUUUGUUUUAUUUCUAAAGCAGGGGGGCGACGCUGCAAGACAACCUCUGUGUGGGUCCCCUUAUAAUAGCCCCCCCCCCUGUACCGUAUACUGCAAUUCAGUGGUUCCACUGUGAAGUGUUAUCUCUAUAAAGCAUAAUGGUUAUGUAUUUACAUUCAUAUCAAAAUUUAUUUUGCUUUUUUUUUUAGUUGCACCGUUAUCCAGCCAGGGGAACCCCCCCCCUCCCCCCCACCUAAAAACGAGAUCUCCAUGUUAAGUAAAUACAUUUGAAAUGUGAAUUGUUCUUCAGUGUUGAAUCCCAACACUGUGUAGA